AGAAUAAUGCUUUCGUUUUGCAAAGACCUGUUGGUUUUUUAUUAAUGUUUUCUUAAAUUAAAAUUGCGAGAAACGAUAAAAAUGUCGGUUACCUUACAUACGGACGUGGGCGAUAUAAAAAUCGAACUUUUCUGUGAGGAUUGCCCUAAAGCAUGCGAAAAUUUCUUGGCUUUAUGCGCAAGUGAUUAUUACAAUGGUUGUGCCUUUAUACGCAAUAUCAAAGGAUUCAUUGUGCAAACAGGUGAUCCGACUAACACGGGGAAAAAUGGACAAUCAAUUUGGGGAAGCAAAUUUGAAGACGAAUUCAAAGAGAGCCUUAAGCAUUCAGAUCGCGGUAUGAUUUCUAUGGCCAAUAAUGGACCGAAUGCUAAUGCCAGUCAGUUUUUUAUCACAUAUGCUGCUCAGCCAAAUUUAGAUUUAAAGUAUACUUUAUUUGGUCGUGUUAUAGACGGUUUCGAUGCUUUAGAUGAAUUGGAAAAAUUGCCGGUUAAUCCGAAGACAUAUCGUCCUCAUCUGGAGAAGAAAAUCAAUAGUGUUACUAUACAUGCCAAUCCACUUGCAUAUAUUUAAUUAAUGUAAAAUUUUGAAUAAAUAUAAAUCAUGUAAAUCAUUUAGCAUUUAAGGUUUAACAGAACCAGGUUUUGGAAUCACAUUUAGCCACGUGAGUUGUAGUCGACUGCACUCUAAAGCUGCUUCCAAUUCUUCCUUUAACUUCCAAUAUACUUUGUUUUCAGCAUGAUUAUCAUAAUUCCUGCAAGUGUGGUUAAUAGUGGUUUGUAGAAGCUAUUAGUGGAAAAAAUCAGCUAAUGUCUUUAUGUAAAAAAAAGCAAUUAGCAAGCGAUCCAAUAAGCAAAACCAAAGCCAAAAUUAUGAAAUAAAAUUUAAAAAAAAAAUAAGUAAUAUUAUAGUUAUACAAUAUAUCUAUUUAAUAAUGUGUACAAAAUUUGUAGUCUACUUUUAAAAGAAAAAAAUUUAAAAAAGAAACAUAUUAACUGACAAGUGGAUUUCUUAUUAUUUAGAAUUUCAUUUUUUAUAGAGGAGAUCCAUCUGAGAUGCACAUAGUUUCGCUUGGAAUUUCGUUGGUGUUUCGUUGAGUUGUUUCUAUUCAUUAAUGAAAUUUGAGAAUGGGUUUUUGCAUUUAGCCGAAAUAAUAAUAAUAAUAUAUUAUGUAUUAAGGGGGCUUAGAUUUAUUUAUUAUUAGUAUAGACAUUAUAUAAAC